AUUACCGCAAUCUUGUGAGCACAGUCCCCCGCCUCUCGUUUGUCGUAUGUUGGUGUUGGUGUUGGCCCCAGGCUAGCUGCAGCAUGCCGUCCGUCCAUGCCUUUCGCUCUCGCUCUUCGCUGCGUGUCGUCGUCCAUAUUAUCAUCAUGCCCCAGCCACUGACUGAUUCUCUGCUAGCCGCAUCUCCUAGCAUUCUAAUCAUCAAGAAGCACCACCUCGCGGUACCCGCCCACCUCGCGACCCGGCUCAGAGUUGCAUUCGUUUCAGAAACCCAACCAGCCACGCUGCGACGUCUGUCGGCGCUCAAAAAAAUUAUCCGCCAGGCGGCAGAGACUCACGUGCCCUUCUGCUUGCACUCGUCGUCGCGUCAUUCAUCACGGAGUACCCAGACUCCAAACGCCUUGACUGCGCACAGAUCGCUGAUCUGCAGCCCCGCGACCACCUCACGGAGCCGGCCAGAGUCAUGCCGUCUCGCUAAGAGGGCUUCGCCGCCAGAGUCCUGCCUCCCGUGCUGCCAUCCGGGCCUCCCCCAGCCGCCCGCCCGCGCCUGUCGCAGCAUCCAGCGAAGCGUGCGCAGCGAGCCGGCAUCCUGCAUUCUGCUGCGCAACACGGCUGCUUAGCAUGCAAAGCCUGCCUCGCCUUGGCUCUCUACCGCCGUAGCAGCAGCAGCAAUGACG